UAGUACUUGAGCAGCAUUGCGAUCGAACAAAACGCUUAACGGACUGCAAUAGCGCGCCGCGAGCGCGAAUAAACAAUAAAAUUCCAAUUAAAUUCGGCUCUAGUCCAAUCGAUUGGAUGAAUCUGUGAGCCAGAUUUCUGGAUCCAACACCAGAAAUAAGGCGAUUGUAGCCAGGAUGAGCCCCAAGCUGCACGAGUUUGCGGUGGUCCUUCUGCGUGAUGGCCAGGGCACACCCUGGGGCAUCCGCCUGGUGGGCGGCAACGAUCUGGAUACGCCGCUGAUCAUCACCAGGGUGCAAGCGGGCAGCCCAUCUCAUGGUGAGCUCCUCCGCGGCGAUAUCAUCGCCAAGAUCGGCGAGUACGAUGCACGCGACCUGAGUCACGCGGAUGCCCAGCAGCUGUUCCGCGGCGCUGGCAACGAGAUCCGCCUCACGGUCCACAGGGACAACAAAAUUGCCUAUACGCAGGGCGUCAGUCAGGAUGCAGGACCAGGAUCACGCAGCAACUCCACCCUGCCGCCGGCCAGUCCCGAACUGUUGCCCCAUCGUGGUCCGUCGCCCUUCUUGCCGGGUCCCAGCCACUUCGAGCGUGCCCUGCAGCUGCCCAUGGACACUCUGCCUCAGACGGUGUUCCCCCAGUUGAACUCUUCUGGAGGUUACGAGGUGCCAUCCAGUGUGUUUUCGCCGAAGCCAACGCGUGAUCAUCAGCAGGAUGUGGAUGAGGAGCAGGCUGCCAUUGUGAAUCAGCCAUACCGAACAACUCCGCUGGUCCUGCCCGGCGCCAAAGUGAAGAAGGAUGCGCCCACGACAGAGUCCUACUUGAGGCACUACCCCAACCCGGCUGUGCGCGCCCAUCCAGGACACGACUACCAUGACAGUAUCAUGAAGCAGCGCGUGGCCGACACCAUGCUGCACAAGGUUGUCGGUUCGGAGGCCGACACUGGCCGCGUCUUCCACAAGCAGUUCAACUCGCCCAUCGGUCUGUACUCCAACAGCAACAUCGAGGACACCAUCAGAACCACAGUUCCCUUCGCCACGAGCGAUAGCAAUCGCUUGAAGGACAGUCCUUUGCAUCGUCCUUUGCCAACAAAACUUAACGGAAUUUUCAUCGAUCUAUCUUUCCUGGAACAAAAACGUAAAAUCCUGGAGCAACAAAAGCAAAAAGACCGACUUGCUGAGCAACAACGUCAACACCGCCAGCAGCAACUGCAGCAGCUCUAUCAACAAAACAAAUGAUCAAAGAAAUAGUAGUCCUUAGCCCAAUUUUACUAGACAAUCCUGCUCCUGCUAAAAAUGAUUCCCCUGACAAGUUCCUGCUGAAAACCACGUAUUCCCCAACCUUUGUCCUGCCCCUUUUUAAGACUAAUCCACGAAACUUAAAGACGUUUGCUGAAUUUACACACAUUUAUGGUACAUAUUUACACACAAACUGUUUGAAGGACAGCCCUGAAAGUUCCUAUUCAUAAGCCCCCCGGCUCCACUGCAACCCCAAUAAUAACCAUAUACCCCAUCCAUUAACCCCUAACCCCGUAACGCCCGAUCUCAAGGCUUCGACUCUCAUGCGAUGACAACUAAGGAUUCCGUUGAAUCCAAUAACUAUUAUUAAAUGAAACCAUCUCACACCUUGUUAUGCAGUUCUGUUCGAUUACUUUUAAUAACUAGCUCGUAAGGAAUUUGUUAAUGAGUUUCCUAUUAAUCGCAAUCCGUUCGAGGAGUGUGCAGUUCUUAAGACAACGAGGCACAACUACAACCAGCAACUACAACCAACUACAACUACAACGAAAAACAAAUAAUUCUAACGUAUUUUGUGCACAUCCUGUUUUCUCUUUCUAUUCUCUCACUACUCUGUCUCACGCUACUCAACCGAUGUAAAAAAAACCAAAAAAACAAAACCAAAAAUCCAAAAAUCUUUUUGUUAAUUCAUUUAAACGAAUGAAUUUCGAUUAACCAACAACAACAAAUCAAAAUAAAUCUAUUGAAAUUAUGCAUAACACCACAAAAACCAACGAAUAAUUGACCAAACAAAUAACGGCGCUUUCAACGAUCUCAAUGCAAACCCCCCGAAAUCACACUGACCGAUAUCACUGAUCACUGCC